GUAUGUCGCAGGUUACAGUGACAAGAUGAUGCACGCGACACCAAUUACCCAGAAUCUGUCGGCUCUGAAGUCGCUGAUCCGCCGUCACCGUUCGAGACGGAGUGCGAGGAUCGAGACUGGUGGCAAGGAAUCUCUGCUUGCUCAUCUUGUAGAUGUCUUUCUUCGUACUUGGGACCUCGGUUUUACUGCUUUUGGAGGUCCACCUGUGCAUUUCGGUAUCUUCCAUCGACGGUUCGUUGAAGGUUCCGAUGGUGAGAAAUGGGUAGAUGAACAAACCUACCAAGAAUUGUUUGCAAUAUGCCAGGCUCUUCCAGGCCCUGGAAGCACGAAGAUGCUAUUCUGUCUGGCAUUGUUGCAUUCCGGCUUCAUUCCUGCAAUUGUGGUAUUUCUCAUAUGGAGUCUCCCCGGAGCUAUUGGAAUGUAUGCAUUAUCCCUCGGUGUGCAGCACAUCGGCGACACGCUCCCAUCCCCGGUUUAUGGACUUCUAACUGGCAUGAAUGCAUCCACUGUCGGAAUCAUUGCUCUCGCGGCAGUCCAGUUAGCAGGCAAAGCCAUCAAGGAUAAAUUCUCUCGUAUUCUUGUGGUUUUUGGCGCUUGUGCUGGCAUGUGCUAUAGUGCCCUAUGGUACUUUCCAGUUCUCAUGGUGAUUGGAGGUGUUGCAGCGGUCGUUUGGUAUGGAUGGAUGAUGCAGAGUAUCCGAAAGCUGAAAUCAAAGCUUAAGCGGCGAAAGUCAAAUCCUGAGUCUCAAGUUGAAGAAGCAGCUGUUGAGAACACUGUCGCUUUAGAAGGAAGAGUCGAGUCAAGUGAUACUACUAUUGUGCAAAGAAGGAAUGUGGCUUCCUCAUCCACACCAAUUCCAGAUUCGAAGUCACCGCAGCAAUCACCUCCGGCGCAGGAGCAAUUACACCAGGAGCAUGCUAUCAAAGUUCGAGUGGGAAUCGCUAUUACAGUGACAUUCUUCGCCUCUUUCAUUGGCGUCAUGGUCGGCCGCGGUGUCAAAGCUGCACCAGAUAUCACUCUCGACCUCUUUGCUAACAUGUAUCUCGCUGGUACCAUCAUAUUCGGCGGAGGGCCAGUCGUGAUUCCCCUCCUUCGCUCCUACGUCGUUGGUCCCGGCUGGGUUUCUGGUCGAGACUUUCUCAUUGGUCUUGCAAUUAUCCAAGCCUGGCCUGGACCAAAUUUCAAUUUUGCUGUGUACCUUGGAGCACUUGCACUACGCGCUUCCCGAUAUCCAACCGUUCUCGGUGCUAUCUUGGGAUUUCUUGGUAUUUUCAUUCCUGGAAUUACGCUGGCAGUCGCUGUGCAAAGCUUUUGGCGAGUCCUGCGUAAGAAUAAAUGGGUUGUUGAUUUGUUGCAUGGACUGAAUGCCACCGCUGUUGGUUUGGUGUUCACGGCUGUUUAUCGCUUGUGGAAUAUUGGAUAUCUUACCCCAGAGGCUACGAGUGGCCAGUCUCUCGCUUUGGAUCCUUGGUGGGUGGUGGUAGCUACAGUAACGUACACCGAAAGUGCCUGGUUUGGUGUGCCGCCGGCUGCAGCUAUUGUUAUUGGUGCUGUUUUGGGUCUCUGUUGGUAUGGAGUUGUGAGUACAUAAGGUACACUGUCUGAUUUUGUCCUGUUGCUCCAGUCUUUCUGGGCUAUGGCGAGU